GUUUCGCGGCAAAAAAGAUUUCGCGCGAAAACCGUCAGAGGCUUGUUUAGAUGUAGAUCAGCUGGGACAAUAACAACAAUAAGGACUGAUAAAAGGGUCGAGAUGUCGCUUUUCUAAAUGGACUACCACUGGGGUAAGCAUCCAGAGGACUAGCGGCUGCUGUUUUAAACUACAUCCAUGUGUUUUUUGUCGUUUUAUUAGCUUAUAUUUCCAUUUUUGUCCGAGAGCUUCCUGCGUGCCGCAACAAAACGAGGGGACCGAGCGGCUAAUAACUUAGCUAGCAUGCUAAUCUGCCACAUAUUUUAAUGUUCAAGCAUACCGCCGUGUUCUCUGCUGGACUAAUGCUAGCUUUUAUAUACGCAUUGUUUAAGAUGCUUUCGAGUUGUGGCGAUGCCUUUUCUAUUUUAGACAUUUUGUAUUGAUCGCUCACUUCUGUAAGCUGCUAUAAAGUUUUGAUAGCCUCUUAACUUAGCCUCAUCUUAGCUAGAAGGAGGGAUAGUUCAGUUUUACGGCCGCGGAUUGCCCGUAGCGGCCGUUGGGGGUUGUUUAUGAACUUGUUUGUUGUUGGCCGGUGAGCUAGCUGGUUAGCAGGCUGGCAGCUGUCCAUGGCAGGGAGUCCAGGCCUCGGCAGCGCUGCACUGACAGGACAGAUGACAGCACAAUAUUAGCUUGCUCACUUGCUAGCUCGCUGUACUCCACAGUUUAUCAUUUCCAGAGCCAAUUUUCGACUCACAACACAUCAUCGGCUCGACCUUAAGACACACAGUUACUAUGCAUUUAGCUGUGUUACUUCAUUUUCCAAAUUUCCAGUCUGGCAAAGCAUCCUAUCUUACUGUUUCACUCUUUGUCCAAAUUUGAUGUCGCCUGCCGCUGUUUUCACCCAGUUAUAUUGUUAGCACUAGUUUGAUUUGUUUAUGAACAUUCUUGAGAAAUGUUCCCACACAUGCAAAGGACUUUCAGGAGAUUUCACUGCUGUACAGCACAUGUGAGUAGGUGCUGAUACUCUGUCAAACUCCAGCGCCAUAGUUUGAGACCCUUCAACACUCCAGAUUCCAGAGAAGGGGCUCCCUUUGUCACACUGCAAUGUCAGAGACUCUGAUAACAGGGCAGACAUCGGAGGAUCUUCUGGCAGACUUUGAGACUUUGUUAAACUCUGGUGGGAUCAGCCUGGGCGAGGACCACCAGAUAGUGAUCAUCACCAGCCCCAGCAAUGAGGGACUGCACCCAGCAGCAGCCCCAACCAGCACGGGGGAGAUCCUGCUGUUUGCCACCCCGCAGGGCCCCGCAGAUGUGGGGAACCAGGACAAGAGACGACCGGCACUGGGAAGACCUCCGGUAAAGAGGAAGUUGGACCUGGAUAGUGACCAUCAGUAUGUCAGCACCUCUCGACCCUCCAUAGGCCAAGCCCCACCCUCCACACCUGCCCCUCCCAGAGUUCCUCGAACCUCGACGGAGAAGUCUCGGUAUGACACUUCAUUGAACCUGACCACCAAGCGCUUUCUGAACCUGCUGUCCCAGUCGGCCGACGGAGUGGUGGAUCUGAACUGGGCCUCGCAGGUGCUGGAUGUCCAGAAGAGACGCAUCUAUGACAUUACCAAUGUCCUGGAGGGAAUCCAGCUCAUCUCCAAGAAGUCCAAGAACAAUAUUCAGUGGCUUGGUAAUCGGAUUGAUGCAGCACUGGUUUCCCGCCAUAAGGAGCUGCAGAGGGAGGUGUGUGACCUCACAGAGGCUGAGGAACAGCUGGAUGAGCUCAUAUCCAAAUGCAACGUACAGCUCCGACUGCUCACAGAGGACCCACAGAACAAGAAGCUGGGCUAUGUGCACUGCCAGGACUUGAGGCAGUCAUUCGAUUCCCCGGACCAGCUGGUCAUGGUGAUCAGAGCUCCUCCAGAAACCCAGAUGCAAGUUUCAGAACCCAGUGAGGGUUACCAGGUGUCACUUAAAAGCUCGCGAGGUCCAAUUGAUGUCUUCCUCUGUCCAGAAGACAGUUCAGGAGUCUGCAGCCCCGUGACAGGAAGCAGUCCCUCAAAGCCCACUGCUGACCCAUCUUCGGUCCCGCCUCCUACACAGCCCACAGACCAAUCGCAACCCAAAACCUGCACAGCAGCACCGGAAGCAGUUUUGUCAUCGCCUGCAUCCACCUCAUCCACAGUGACAGCAGCGUCUCAGCAGGACCCCUCGUCUCUGGGGUUAGGUGGUGACACAGAAUCAUUGCUGGACGGUGACCCAUUCUCCAGCCUGGGAGAUCUACCAGACUUCGACCUCUCCCCUCUCUCCUCCUCGGACUUCCUGAUUGGUGAGGGUCUCCCUCUCCCAUUGGAUGGUUUCAUCAACCUGUCCCCCCCUCACAGUCACGACUACCACUUUGGCCUGGAAGAUCAUGAAGGCAUCAGCGAACUGUUUGAUUGUGACUUUGGUGACUUAUCGCAAGUUUUGGGGGACGAUUAGAAGAAAAGGAAUAGGAGGAGCCUGUAGGCAAAUCAUUGUCUAUGUAGAACUUCACCUCUAUCCACUGGGGCUUCUGAAGGAGGGCUGAAAAAAAAAAUCAACAUUUUAUAGGCAAGUCUUGUUUCAGAAACACACACGUUUAGUGUUUUAAAUGUUGGGUUUGGGGAACCUUUCCAGUGAUCCGCAAAAUACCACCCCAGCUCAAUAAAUCCCCCCAGAUUGUGCAGCACAUUAUUAGCACUUCUCUUCGGCCAUUUAAAAAUGUCAGACCAAGCCUUGAGCUUUAGAAUAGCUAUUUAAAUUAUUUAUAUAAAUGUUAUUUUGUACCAAGUGAGGUUUUUGCUGUUGUUGAUAAUGUUUUAUUCAAGGGGAUUAUGCAGGUGUUUUUUGUGUGCCGUGUUUGAACUCUUGGGGAUGGUUUCCUUCACAGUGAUGAACAAACAUACUGCAACUCUUAAAGCUGGUUUCAGAAACAACUCAGUCUGAAGCGUUUCUACAAAGGAAGAAGUUUGCAGUGCCGCAGCUUUAGGCUGAAACCAGCGUUAAUAGUAGUACACAUUCAGGGAGGAGGUUUCCAAAAGCAUCUUUGAGCUAUGUGGCAGUUUCACAUAUUUUCAGCAUGUGAUGUCAGCACAAAAAUAAUUUGUGUUAAACACUGGAAUCCUAAAAAAAAACAAAAAAAACUGGAUUGUGUAACUUCCCUGUAAUCAACCAGGACAUCCUGAUCCCCAGCUAGCUUUGCACCAUUUCCCCGUGGAUUAACAAGAGUUUGUUUGCAGUCAGUAAAUUUGAAUUUGUUUUUGUGUGCUGAACACAGACUAAGAUGCUUUUGGCAAGCUAGAACUUUACCUUUCUUUCCAUAAAUGGUAACAUAAAGGCUUACCAGCGCACAUUAGUCAUUAAGAUUGCUCAAAAGUGGCUUUGAAAGAAAAGUCAAGUCUGAAUCGCCUACAUAUGUUUUUUAUCAAUGUGUAGGAAACCAGGCGAGAAUAGACUGCUGCGGUUAUGCUAGCAGGCAAAAACUAAUACUGAAUAUGUUCUCUAUUAGUUAGCUAGGCGUUUAGCCAUAGUCUCAGGUCGGAGCAGAGCAAAGUCUUAAAUCGGGGACCUCGAUGCAAACGUGUAUGAGAGUGUUUUAGAGUUUUGUGUAGGUUCAUAAUAGACUCUUAAAGCUGUGUGUUUUAAAUUUGUCAUUUGACUUUUUAGCUGGGGGUUCAAGUGAGAGAAGAUGUCUGUAGACGGUGGAUGCCAACACCACCCAACUGUUCAUGUCUGGUUCUGAGAACUUGUCCUCACUAACUGUUCACUGGUUGUCAUUAUGGCCAAAUUAAAGCACAUCUGCAUCCUUUCUUUUAGCGGUUGAAUAAGAGCAGAGCAGCGUUGACUUCAGGAAGGAUUCAGUGGAAGUGACGGGCUCUUGAAAGGAAUUCAUAACAGGGACAGCUUAUUGUUCUGUGUCUGGGCUUCAAAUCAAUUCAGAAAGUUGAUGUUCAUGCCUUAAAUCAAUGACUUAUCAGGUAAAGGGUGGUUCAUCUUGUCUCAGCCCCCAGUGAUCAAUUCUUUCUUGUUUCAGCAUCAGGCUUCGUGUUUCUAUGGCUUGACUGUGUGUUUGUAGAAACUACAUUGAUUUUUCAAUUGGAAAAAGCAGCAAUAACAGCCAUUUUUCACUGUCCUGCUACGUGUUGUGUCUUGUUCCAAACGUCCGUGUCACCCCCUUUUUUUUUUUCUCUUAUCCUAAGUUAUGUAAGCUAACAUGUUUGUUUUUUUUGCAUUCCUCAACUAUCAGAUUUUAAUAUGUAUGGGUGCAUGUGUGUUACAAAAAUUUUGUUUAAUUUCAUAUUUAUUAAAAAUGGGGUUUAUUGGAGGGAAAAAAAAAAGGUACAAAAAUGUCCAUUAAUUUUCUGGCAGGAACGGACUUUUCCUUUGUAAAUCUUAAAAAAUGGGCCCUUUAGUGGUGAAAAGAAGUGUUUUCUUUGUAAAUGAGCUUCUUAUUUGUGGCGCAUUUAUAUUUUGCCAUGUUUUUCCUACUAUACCUUAUAAUUUUCUAUCUCAACCUAUCAUUAUCCAUGUGCGGCCUUUGCAUUGAUUCCAAAAAGAAGAGAGCUAAUCUUCAGAAGUACAAUAUUUAGCCAUUUUGAUUGAGCUGACUCUAUUGCAUCAAUUUAGAUUAAAUACCACCUCAUGUUGCAGGCAACAUUGCUAAUCUAAGGUUGUAUAUGUGUUAUUUUUUUCAGCCUCUGGGUGUCACGGACUCACUGAAUGUGUAAAUGUAAAGGCCUUGUAACUACUGUCAUCUUUUGUUUUCUUUUGUCUUCAGCUCUGGAAACCUUCAAAUCCAGCAUAUACCUUCAACAGCAUCUGACAGCCUUUUUACAAGCCAUCAGGCUCCUUUUAUAAUUCAUGUAACAUUCAAAAUAUACCAUAUUUUGUGUCUGUCCAGCUGAUUCUGUUGGUGUUGUUGCCCCUUUGUGUCGUGUGUUGGUUCCCUGCAGGACAAAUGCAAUGCCUUGCUGAGGUAGAAUAUUUCCUUUUGUGUGCCAUCAUGGUGGAAGAAUUUCAUGACUUUUCUUUUCUUUCAUUUAUUUUUUUUGGCGUGUUGUGUGGCAUUUGUGGAGUUUUGUUUGAUGAAUUUGCACCUUCAGUUUAAACUCAAACAAGAAUCUUCUGGAAUUGUAGGACUCAAAGCUUGUGAAAGGAAAUAUUGGGAUUAUCUCAAAUAAUGGAUCAGGGCUGCGUUGACAAUUGAUCUGGGUUUAAUAACACUAUAAAUACAUUCCUUUUAAAAUGUUUUUUUUUCCUUUUAUUGAAGUCGGUUUCUAUUAUGAUUUAAAACAAAACAAGCUGACAUGCCAUAAAACUUCUCUGGUUUACCAGUGUGAGAAUAAAUUUACUCCAGCUCUGAUUCAGUUGCUGUACAAAGCUGAACUAAUUGUGUUUUUCCAAAUAUAUAUUUUUCCUAAAUUCUGGUUUAAUAAAAUACAGGUUGUGAAUGAC